AUGGGAAGUUGUGAAGAGGUUAGACGGAUUCUAAGUCAGUGGAGGCCAUCCUACCCUGAUUGUGACGAGAAUGCCCCCGCGGAGUUGUUUGAUAGACAUCCUCUUUCUGCGAUGAUGAUCAGUGCUGACAGUGAAUGUGGAAGAAAAGAUAAUCUUGUACUUAUUCUAAAUUCUUGGAAAUCCGAAUGGUAUCGAGAAGGAGUUCAGGUGCCUGUGAAAGAUGCUAGUCAUCAACCGCGACCUGUCUAUAAGAAACUUGAUGUUUCAUGCCCAAAGAGACGUUGUCCUCGAUUUGUGAUGCCUGAAAAACUUCGAGUUGAGUCCCCCGGUGAUAACUUUGACGAAAGGACGCAUAUAUUGGUUGAUAAGAAAAUAAAGACCGCUCCAUAUUACCAUGUCGAUGAUUUAGAUUACUCCUGGAUUUCAACAGUAAAUGAAGAAAGGGAAUGCUUAGGACAAGUACUUGUUGAAGACUGGAUGGUUGAGAAAGUUAUCAGUACUCUGGAGUAUCUUACUUAUGUUAAAAUGCGUGAGAAAAUUAAAGAGAUAGAUGUGCAGUCAUUGGAAUUUGAUGAAAAUGCUAGAUGUGACAUAUGCUUAUCGUUUGAAGGUGAGGAUGGAAACGAACUGGUCUUUUGUGACGGUUGCUUCUUGUGUGUUCAUCAGGCGUGUUAUGGCAUUCUUCAAAUUCCUGAAGGGUCGUGGAUGUGUCGUCAAUGUGAGGCAGGUGUCAAGUCGACUACCCCUUGCAGCUUAUGUCCGAAUACUGGAGGAGCUAUGAAACUAUCAGAUGACGGAAAGCGGUGGUGUCAUGUUAGCUGUGCACUGUGGGUUCCCGAAGUUGGAUUUGGUGACGUCGAAUUGAUGGAACCUAUCAUAAAACUAGACAGUAUACCACAAGCUAGACGAAAUCUUAUAUGUUCAAUAUGUCGUUCACGCUAUGGUGCGCCCGUGCAGUGCUCGAGUGUCAAGUGUAAAACAGCAUUCCAUGUCACAUGCGCAUUCCAAAGCAACCUCGUUAUGCGCCAAGAGCUUAUCGACAAAGACGUGCGCUUAGUAGGGUUGUGUUGGAAGCAUUCUCGAAAAGAGCAACAAUCAGCAACUCAUCAUUCUUCUGCUAGCUGUGAUUCAACUACCUUACGCAUCCCAAAUUCUCCUGUCAAGCUUAAUGAUAUAAAUCAAAAUGCUGCUAGUGGAAUACAACCAGUAGCCUUAACGCGUAAACAAAGAUUGCAUGAACUGGAGUGUAAUUUUCAUAAUUUAGUACAAGAGUCUCACUUAAAUAUUUGGCUAGAAAAUGAUUCCAUAAGAAUGCAUUUAGGAAAGUCAGCUGUUCUAAGUGAAAAUGAACACAAACGUAUUCCGAAUGAUAUUCGUGCAUCCAUCUUUGUUUAUUGGCGAUUAAAAAGGCGUGCUAACUUUAACCAACCACUGGUAAAUCCAAUUCCACUAACAUGGAAAGAAAGUGCCGACGAAGUAGCUGCUACAACCAAAGAAGAACUAGCCCGAGUAGAACGUGCUAAUUCUGAUAUGAAAGCUUUUGAAUCAUUCAAACGCAUUAGAUUUGGUCUUGACAGAGCUAGAUUAAUGACAGAUAUGGUCUUGCAAAGGGAACGACGAAAGUUAGCUUUGUUCAAAAGAAUGUGGCGUAUAUCUGAAAUUCAAUUGUCUGCACUUGGUAAACAAAACAGUCCAAUACCUAGCGAAUUACUCCGGAAUGCUCAUAUCGGUGAAUCUGUAUAUGAUAAUUGGGAAUUAUUUUUAGCCUAUAACAAUCCUUCCCGUCAAUGUGAUCAGAGUAAACACAUGUCCUACACUAAUCAGUCAAAUAGUGAAUCAAAAUCUUCGUCUGUCUGUCUUGUUAAUGAAAACAACACUGAUUCGUUACAGACUUCUCUACCUAGUACAACUAUAAACGAAAAUACUGAUUCAUUCAAUAUUAAUACCAUUCCUAAAAAAUAUCUAAUUGUUUCUGAUACAAUCAAGCAACGACUUCGUUCUGCAUUAACACUUGUAGCAGAAAAUUGUAAUAUGUGGAGAGCAGACAGACAUAUUGUAAGUCCAAAUCAUAAACGUAAAACAACGACUAACCAUUAUAUUAAAUCACAUAAAUCUCUUUCACUUAAUCGAUUUGAACAUUCACCUUCAAAAUCUCAUUGUUCUUCACCGUUAUCAUCAUCAACUAAAUUAAAUAAACCAUUAGAAAAUGAUAUGCCUAUUGUUCAAGUACAAUUAUCACCAAUUCCAGAUAGAUCACCACUUAUUGGUGUUAAAAAUGUCAAUAAUAAUACCACCACCAAUGAAUGUAUACCGGCUAAAAAACGAAAACAAAUGAACAAUUCUAGUUCAGUAUUUGAACAAUCACCACCUAGUCAUUCUAUUCCUGUUCUGACUAA